UACAAAAAUAUUUCCAUAAAAUUCUCGUAAAAAUUAUUUAGUUUAUUUGGAACUUUUUCAAUUGAUUGAAAAUUAAAAAAUGCCCACAGCUCGUCGUUGUGUGAUAUGUGGCAUGGAGCCACGUCGGGAGGUGGACGCGAAGGGCAAUGAGAGGUACACCUACCCGAAGACGGCGCAGGAGGCGCGCAUCUGGCAGCAGAGCAUGGGGGCCAAGGAUGUGUGCGUGGAGAGCAUACAGCAGCAGUGUUGCGUCUGCGUCGAGCACAUCCCGGACUUUGUGCAGCGCUCUAAGAGGAUCAGCAAGAAGCAGCGGGCGGCCGAACGGGCCGAGGAGGUACGGCGGCGAAAGCAUGGCGAGGCGACUACCGAUGCGUGCGAGUGCCCGAAUAUGGAUCCGCCGCGGUGUCCUGCGGUCAAUGUGCUGGUGAUCAACGGAGCCUCGCUGCCCUCGUACUGCGGCAAGGGACAGUCUUGCCUCGAGAUCAAGGCGGAGGAGGCUGGGGAGGAGGACGGGGACGUUAGGCGAUCCCUCACAAAGCGCUUCAAUCCCGACGACUCGGACACGGAGAUCUUUGUGCAGGAGUCCGAGUUCCAGGACAUCGGCGCCACCUUCCCGGACAUCGACGGGACAGAGGUCACUGUCCUGCGCACGCCCGUGCAGGAGGACGAACAGAUCCAGAAGGUCAGGAAGAGAAGUACGACGGAUAGCAAUGGAAAGGAGACAACGGAGGGGUGCGUAGAUCGUCAACCAACCUGCAUGCCCGGCUGCACGGACGUGCUGGUCCUCGCCCGCGGCAGCCACCCCACCGACGUGUGUCCGUGCAAGUGCGAUCAGUGCACCAAGCAGCCGACGGCAGGGCUUAAGGAUGAGGACGAAUGCUGCAACCCGCCCUGCUGCCCCGAGACUCAGGAGCACUUCGAUCAGCCACCCUGCGGCUGCGAGUGCGAGCAGCAGGUGCGCCGGGUGCUGGGCAAGGUCAUCAAGACGCAGAAGCAGCGCAUCAGCGAGCUGGAGACGAUGCUCUGCAAGCAGAACAACCUGCACACCGCGCUCCAGCGGAAGGUCGACGAGCUGUACUGCGAGUUCGGCCGCCUGGACGACGACGAUCGUGUCCGACUGGAAUGCUGUGCCCGCGGUCGGGGCCCACCAGAUUGUAGCCUUGUGAAGAGUACGGGUACGGGUAUGGCUGCGCCCAUGAGGCGCCCCCGCGAUCCGAAUAAGCCCCGACGACCAGAGCACCUCAAUACCAAGGAUUCGCUGCCUGAGGAAAUUCCAAUUAAUGAGGAGGCUCCUCGUGCCGAUUUGCCUGCACCGCAGCCAGUGCAAUUGUUCAGCGAGAAGAAUUCGAAAAAGAAGCCUGAAAAGACGGAGAAACCCACGAAAACCCGACGUCCUGGGUGGCUGUGUUUCGGCAGAUCCUCGGAGACUGACAAGGCAACUGAGAACAAAUCAUAGGAGGUACCUCUAACCCCCAGCCUCAUCGUGUACUCAGAACUUGUUCAUGCCACACGCCGCCACUCGGCCUGCCACUUGAGCAGCCGUCUAGCCUUACGUCCAGCCCACCACUCGACUCCACUGCACUCCACUCCAGUCCGCUCCGCUCUAUGCACAUCGCCCUGUGCAAUCAUGCAAAUAAAAUAUCUACAUUUUUCUCUCUUUUGGCUCUGUGCAAAUGUUUUUAACCCAACUAUUUUGUGGACAUGCAAUAUUUAUGUAGACAGGCAGCAAACAAUUUGCAGAGCAAGUGAUAGAGAGCGGCAAACGGGUGGGGUAGAGUGAGAGGGAGAGGGAGAGAACCAACCCCGUGGAAUGGCGAACCCUCGGCGACAGCUGCCUGUAAAAUGUUGUUGCCAUUUUAUGGCAUUUCUGUUAAUGCAGCUGUCCCCGCACCCCACCCCACCCACUACAUCACCCUGUAAUUUCAGUCUAGUGUAGGAAUCCCUCUCUCUCUCCCUCAAUAGGGAUCUCACGCACACUCUCCGG